AUGUAUAUGUUUUUGAAUAUAACUGUUGUUCUAUUAGUACAUAUAACAAUUUCUUCAUUAACUGCGAAUGCAUUUCGUAAUAGUGCUGACGAAUGUUGUCAAGCAGGUCGACUUCAGGCUGAACAUAAUAAAACAUGUACGAUGUUAACACAUGCAUUGCCAGGGGAUAGUCAUACAAAUGCAACAAACUAUUGUCCAUAUUUAUCACAUAUAUGUUGUUUAUCAAGUCUACGUCAUUAUUUUUGUGAAGAAGGUUUAAAUACGGCACUACGAUUAUUGCCAUGUAAUGAAACAAAAUUACAAAAUAAAGACACUUAUAAGAUAUGUUGUAGAUGUUGCGAAUUAGGUGUUCAAGCAGGUCGACAUUUUGAAGAUUGUGAACCGGUGCCUGUACUCGAUGAGAAAUGUGGUGAACAAUUCACAAAUUGUUGCAAAAAAUCAAAAUCUUUGAAUUGUCAUGCUGGCUUUGAAAUGGGCGAUCAAGGCCGUUGUCGUGACAUCAAUGAAUGUCUUUUAAGUCCAUGUCCUGAUACAAUGAAAUGUGAGAAUACACCAGGUUCUUAUCAAUGUAUUGAAGGAUGUGAAUCUGGUUAUGUAUGGUCACUUAAACAAGGAGAAUGCCGAGAUAUUGAUGAAUGUGCACUUAAUAAACAUAAUUGCACUUAUGGGCAGAGAUGUGAAAACAUGCCUGGAUCUUAUCGAUGUAUACGUGAAAGAAAUUGUGGUACGGGCUAUCAAGUUGAUCCUAAUACACAAACUUGCAUGGAUAUCGAUGAAUGUGAUCAAGGCAUUGAUGAGUGUAGGCAAGUGAUUGCAAUUUUUUGGCCUGGUUAUAUUUGUAAAAAUGUGCCUGGCACGUACAGAUGUCUUCCACAAAAUUGCACGACAGGUGAAAAAUUCAAUGCUUUCUUUGGUCGUUGCGAAAGAGUUCAAUGUCAACCAGGCUUUAAUUCAUCUUCAUUCGGAAAAUGCAUUGAUAUAAAUGAAUGUGCCCAAAAGCCAAGUCCAUGCAAACCUGGUGAAAGAUGUGAUAACACAGUGGGCUCAUAUAGAUGUGUACAAACAUUCAGUUGUGCAAGCGGACUUGAAAUGAAAGAUUUGAAGUGUUUAGAUAUUGAUGAAUGUUCUAUUGGCAACCAUACUUGUCCUGCUCCGGCUACUUGUAAAAAUACAUAUGGAUCUUUUUAUUGCGAAUGUCCAGCUGGUUUUGUAUUUAAAUAUGGCGUUUGUGUCGAUGAUGAUGAAUGUUCACGAAGUAACACAAUUUGCCCAACGAAUUCAUUCUGCCGUAAUACACCUGGUUCGUACGCUUGCGACUGUACUGCUGGAUAUAAAAUGAUUGCUGAACGGGCUUUUUGUGACGAUAUUGAUGAAUGUCAAAUAUCACCGGACACAUGUGAACAAAAAUGUGUCAAUGUUCAAGGAUCGUACUAUUGCUUAUGCAAAGAAGGUUAUCGACUCAAUAAUGAUAAACGAACAUGCCGAGAUCUUGACGAAUGUUCAAUGAUUAAAAGUCUUUGCCAAUAUCACUGUGUGAAUACGCAAGGUUCCUAUAAAUGCAUUUGUCCCACAGGCUUCUCGCUCGAACGGGGUCGUCAAUGCCAAGAUAUUGAUGAAUGCACACUUGGCACUCACAGUUGUCGUAGUCAAGAUGCUUGCGUUAAUAUUCUUGGUGGAUAUCGUUGUUAUCAUGUUACAUGCCCUGACGGCUAUGAAAAAGCUGGAAAUACUCGAUGUCAAUUGUCAACACGUUGGUGUCAAGAACAUAUAAACGAUAAAGAUUUGCGUUGUACAAUUCGAAAACCAGUUAAACAUGUUUAUUCCUUCAUUUCACUUCCUGCUAAAAUGCGUACACCAAUCGAAAUCUUUCGCAUACGAAAUAGUCAAUUACAAUCGAAUCAACAUGCUGAAUUUGAUUUACGUCUCAUCACUGCAGUCGAUCCAUAUACGAAAUUAAGUGAAACCUCACUUGAAAACUUUCAAUUAAAAGCCUAUCCACCACAUAAUUCUCAUUUGCUUGUUGUUAAAGAAUUAAGUGCAUUUCAAGAAAUUGAAUUACAAAUCGAAAUGAAAAUCUACACAAACAAUGCUUUAAAUUCAGUAUCAAUUAUGAAAAUAUUAAUUUACGUCAGCCAAUAUGACUUGCAUCCUUAA